AUGCCUGGUCUUCCCACUAACAUCGACCUUGACGAAUGCAUCAACCGGCUCUACCGAAAGGAGCUUCUCGCGGACUCGGUAGUAGAGGCCAUCUGCUCCAAGGCAAAGGAGUUGCUGAUGAAGGAAAGCAAUGUGGUCCAUAUUGCUGCCCCAGUGACCGUGGUCGGUGAUAUCCACGGACAAUUCUUCGAUAUGAUCGAGAUCUUCAAAAUCGGCGGUCCUUGUCCCGAUACCAAUUACUUGUUUUUAGGCGACUAUGUCGACCGAGGUCUCUUCAGCGUGGAGACCAUUUCAUUGCUCGUCUGCUUAAAGCUAAGGUAUCCCUCUCGAGUACACCUCAUCCGCGGAAACCAUGAAUCCCGCGGAGUCACCCAAUCCUACGGCUUCUACACAGAGUGCGCGCGCAAAUACGGCGACGCCAAUGUCUGGCACUAUUUUACCGAUAUGUUUGAUUUCUUGACAUUGAGUGUUGUUAUCAACAAUGAGAUUUUCUGUGUACACGGCGGACUUUCACCCUCCAUCCACUCCAUCGAUCAGAUCAAGAUCAUCGACCGUUUCCGCGAAAUUCCCCACGAGGGUCCGAUGGCUGAUUUGGUCUGGUCUGACCCUGAUACGGAGCGAGAUGAAUUUUCCUUGUCUCCCCGUGGAGCUGGCUACACUUUCGGAGCGCAGGUUGUGCGGAAAUUCUUGGAGGUGAACAGCAUGACGCACAUUCUGCGUGCUCAUCAGCUAUGUCAAGAGGGAUACCAGGUCCUCUACGAUGACCAACUAAGUACUGUCUGGAGUGCCCCCAAUUAUUGCUAUCGAUGUGGAAACCUGGCUAGUGUGCUCGAAGUGAGUGACACGGGGGAGCGCUAUUUCAACAUCUUUGACGCGGCGCCUGAAAACGAUGCCCACCGGAUGGAGCAGCUCGGCAAGCACCAGCAGAACCAGGAUGGCGGCCCCAGUCCAGUGAUUGACUACUUCUUGUGA